UUAACUUCUUUAUUUAUGUCCACAAUUCUCACACACUCUUAGCUGUCCAUCGUGUUCGAUGAUGACCCUUGCUCCAGGGAUGGGGGAGGGGGGGUUCAGCGACGUUGCCGCUGGUGCCACUUCUCAUGGGCUUAAAGUCCGAUCCUUGAGCCGCCCAUUUGUCCGCAGAUGGAGCAAGGGAAACCAGAUGCCAGGAAGGUACCAGCCGCCCGCUGGUGUCUCUGGAUGCACCUCUCGGAACGUCGGCCUUGGUUGGUUUGGUGUAUUUGAGAAACGUACCUACCAGUGUAUGCUCACACACACACACACACACACACACACACACACACACACACACACACACACACACACACACACACACACACACACACACACACACACACACACACACACACACACACACACACCUGACAUUAAAGUGAGGGGGACUAAACUAAACUAUACCAAGUUUGUUAUUUGGGGCUUAGUGGCAGAAAAAGUUCUAGUAGGCUACUUGUUGAAUUCAGAAGUAAAGAAGAAUGGGAAGAUCUCUUUAAAAAUAUUGAGUCAAAGCACAAAGGCCUCAAAUGGAAACAGUCAAAUCCAUUGAAAGUCUAUUCGAUUACUUCAAGUCAAACUCAGAGCGACAAUCCAUGAGUACCAAAUGAAUAGUGCCUCCAACCUAGCAAGUGAGGUUAGCUUGAUGUGAGGGAAUAGGCAAGUUUGGUUAAAAACCUAAAUUCAAACACGACACUUCUUUAUCAAGAUCAGGGUGGUGUGCUACACGGGUCUAACCACAGUAGAGCAAUCUUCCGUUUGACAUUCUUCACUCGACAACAUGUCAUCUGCCGAGGAGGGGAACAUGGCCUACGCAGUCAUCUUUGGGUGCAUCGUGGUGCUGGGCUUGCCGCUCAACGCUGCGUCUCUGUGGAUCCUGAUACAACGCCACCGGCUCAAGUCUCCCAGCGCUGUCAUCAUGAUCAACCUGGCCUUGGCCGACCUGCUGCUGGUGCUGUCCCUGCCAAUGAGAGUCUACUACUAUGCAACGGGCACCUGGUCCCUCGGGGUUUUCGCCUGCAUCUGCAUCUCCUCGCUGUUCACUAACAACAUCCGUGCCAGCGCCAUGUUCAUCACCUUCAUCGGUGUGGACCGACUGCUGGCUGUGGUGUUCCCUCUGAGUUCCAGGCACCUGCGCAACACCACCAACAGCUGGAGGGCAUGUGGCUUGAUUUGGAUCUCUCUAGUGGCUGUAAGCAUCCCAGAGAGCGUCGCGACAUCAUCGAAGAUGCAGGGCUGCAAUCUAACGAUCUGCUUUCACCCUGAACGCUCUCCCUGUUUUAAGGAGCAGAUUGCUCCAUCACUGAAUUACGUGAAUUCUUGUUUCGUGUUCACUUUACUGGCAGUCAAUUGUAUCUCCACUUCAAUGGUGUCCUGGAAAUUGCGCAGUCACCUCAGUGACUCUGUUCAGGUGGUCAACAAGAUGAAUGUAAUGCUCAUCUUUGCCAUGAACUUGUUGAUGUUUUUCAUAUUUUUCUUACCCGUUUCAUUGGUACUGAGCGUUGAAAAGUGGAGGGUUGCUGUUGAGCCAGCACUGUGUCUUGCGAGCAUGAACUGCUGUUUUGAUCCUCUGUUGUAUUACUUUUCUUUGGAUUCCUUCUGGAAGAAGAAAGAGGAUGACAAGGCAAGGCCUAACGGAAUCCACAGCCGGUCAUGAUUCAGGUGAAAUAGAGCUACACUGAGCCAGUUGAACGAAUAUAUAAUGUAUGUCACCUUUUAUAUCUAUUUAUAUAAAGCCAUUGAAGAAAAGGUUGUUUUGCUGCCAUUGUUUAAUAUAUUAUUUGUAUUUGAGUCAAUAAAACAUUAAAUUCAGUACAUAUCUGAAACUACUAAAGCAAAUAGGAGUUGUAAUGCCAUUUUGUAGUAUAUUUUAUCAAUGUAAAACAAAAUCAAAACUCAAGUCGAGAAAAGGCUAACUAUUCUGUGCUUCAUCUUUUAAGGCCUCUAAAUUUAAUGUAAUAAGAUGAGCCCUUUCCUUUCUUUAAUAAUCACAUAUUAAUUUUGUAUGAGUAUUACAAUCUCCAGAUAUAAACAGAGCCAGAUGGACUCAAGCUUUUGAGUUAAGCUAUGGCUGACCUCACGGAUCGAUUCCCCAUCAGUGACUGUGCAUGGGUUGUUAGUAGCCUCAUGUGGACUUCAUAUAUGCAAUCAGUGCCAUCAGCCCUCCAACCACCCAGUGUGGGAUUAACAGGUGUGAUGGAAGUCGAUGAUAAGCCUGAUGACAUGGCACACAGAGGUGUUUUUUUGGUACUAUUAGUACAUUUAUGUACACAAAUGAACAGUCAUUGUAAUGGGUAUGUUUAACCCUUUUCUCCCUCUUGAUUAUGCAAUUCAUAAUACUGUAAACUUGUAAUUUCGGAAAUUCUUCUGAGUUUUUGUAAGUGAACUAUUGUCUAUGCAUGUGUGUAUCUGUAGUGUUGUUGUGUAUGAUGUUGUGUGUUUUUGGUUGUGAAGGACCCCAGGAAGAAUAGCCAUGCUGUUGAGGCAAUUGCUAAUGGGGAUCCAUAAUAAAGUGAAGUAAAGUAAAAGGUAGACUAGAUGGAAACCGGGGGUGCUGAAAUAUUAAUUCAAAAUAUUAUAAUGUAUUAUUCUACAUUUGUUUGUGUUUAAAUAAAUGGGUGUAUAGAUUUCCACAACUAAUUCAGUUUGUUUUUUUAUUUACUUUAAUCCCAGAGAAAGGUGAACAAAAUAUACAGAUCAAAAGUUUAGUGGUUAAAACAUUUAUAUGUUCCCUUUCGGUGUUGUAAUGACUUAAGUCCAGUCUCUGACUCUGGACCAAGGCUUCAAACCUUGUUCUACAAAGAAUUCUAACAGUGCCACUUUUUUCUCCCUUUCCUCUAAUUCAUAAACUCAUGCAAUACUAAAUAAAGACAGCAAGUGGGAUAGACAACUUUAUCGAUUCAAAGUGCAAAACAAAGCUCCUAAAAAUGUUUUAAGGAUGGUAAUGAAGCUGAGGUGAGCUUAUUGCGAUAUAAUGCAACAAUAAACAAAACAGGGUUACUUUUGUGAGACUUUUUUUUGGUUAAACUGUUAGAAGAGCUCAUGAUCGAUGUUAUCUACGCCUGUCUUACUAAAACUACACGAUUUCAUCACAUCAGUUACAGCGAGAAGCUUAAG